GGGGAAGAAUAAGAAAAGAGGAAGGAAAACGUGCCUCUGAGAUUUACGCAGAUUUUUUUAUAAAGACAGUUUCACCAUUUUUGCAUUUUGUAAAGUAGCUUAAACCGGACACAAUCAAAGAUGCCUAACUUUGCAGGGACCUGGAAAAUGAAAAGCAGUGAAAAUUUUGAAGAGCUUCUCAAAGCCCUCGGGGUGAAUGCCAUGCUACGGAAAGUGGCCUGUGCUGCAGCGUCCAAGCCCUCAGUGGAAAUCCGUCAGAAUGGAGAGCAGUUCUACAUUAAGACCUCGACCACCGUCAGGACCACGGAAAUCAACUUUCAGAUAGGAGUGGAGUUCAAUGAGGAAACAGUGGAUGGACGAAAAUGCAAGAGCCUGGCCACAUGGGAGACGGAAAAUAAGAUCGCCUGUAGGCAGACACUGUUGGAUGGAAAUGGACCGAAGACAUACUGGACUCGAGAGCUGAGAGGGGAUGAGUUAAUCCUGACGUUCGGAGCUGAUGACGUGGUGUGCACAAGGAUUUAUAUGCGGGAAUGAGGCCCAUGAGAACCAGAUGAAGAAAUCAGUCAGCGCUCACAGGAGUGACACUUCAUUUCCACUUUACAUUACAAGGCUUUUUGUACCAAUUUGUAGAAACCUGUGGAAUAGCUUUCUUACACAUACUGGACCAUGAAACGUAAUAGCAGUGGCUCUUUAUAAGUUGAUAGUAUUUGAUAUAGGGCUUUUAGACAAGUGUAAUACAAUGUAAGUGGUAUUCAUACUGUAACUUGCCAUAUAUUUUUUAUGCUUUUGUGUUUAAUUGAUUUGUAUUAGUUUCAUUAAAAUGACUUUAAAUAA